AUGGCAGGAGGCCCUGCUAGCCUCAAGGAGGAAUUAGAAAUGUCUUUGGCUGAAGAACUGGGUGCUGGAAAUCAAGGACCAAGCCAAGAGCAUGGAGUGUUAGCAGAAAUGAUGGAGCGUGGAUCUCGGUCCCUAAGUGCUUCCCACAGGCGACAGAAGUUGGAACCAAAAUCUCUUGGCUCCGCUACAAUCCAACCAAUUUGGAAUAUGGCUUCCACUCGGCCUAAGAAAUUGGGCUCCCAGCUGCAGGCACCUAGGAUGUCCAGAGAGCAGGGCCAUACUGAUGUCCACACUCCGGAGUAUUCUGGCAGCUUCCAAAGCAUGAGGUUCCAUUAUGAACGCAACCCGGACGCAGACAUGAUGGCGGAGAUUGGCCUGGAAGAGCUCAAUGGACUGGAGAUGGAAGUCAUCAGAAGACAGCUGCGCAUGAUCACUGGGCGUCUGCGUGCCCUGGAGGAACAGAGCACCACCUGGCGCCAAAAGGAGACUGUGUUCAUCACCAUGAUGGUGUCUGCCUGCAUCGCCAACCUAUGGCUGUGGAUGCGCCACUGA